GCUCCGGAUCCGCCCAGAACCCCGCAGCCUCGUCCGCUCGACGCCCUCGCCUCUUCAUUACCGCCACCACCGCGGCCAUGGCCACGUCCCCGGUGAAGUCUCCGACCGGAUCGCUCAAGGGGAAGAAGGACGACUCCUUCCUUGGGAAGUUCGGCACCCUGACGAGGAAGAAGAAGUCGAAGGAAGUGUCCGAACUUCAAGAAGAGGGGAAGAAUGCGAUCAACUCCCCUCUCUCACCAACUCCCCUGGAUCUCUACCCAGAGGACACCAUGCUUGAGGAGAAUGAAGAGAGGAGUAUUAUCGAUCCCAACUACAAGGAUGAGCCAAAGCUGCAGGAACUCAUUCGGGUGCUGAUCGACUGGAUAAACGAUGUCCUCGUCGAUGAACGCAUCAUUGUGAAGAACUUGGAAGAGGACCUCUACGAUGGGCAGGUUCUGCAGAAACUCUUGGAGGCCCUGGGGCAGCAGAAGUUGAACGUGGCGGAGGUGACGCAGUCGGAGAUUGGACAAAAGCAGAAGCUUCAGACGGUGCUGCUCGCCGUCAAUCACAUCCUCAAGCCCCAGCAGUGGAGCAUCAAGUGGUCCGUUGACCUGAUUCACUCCAAAAACCUGGUGGCCAUCCUCCACCUGCUGGUGGCGCUGGCCAUCCACUACCGCGCUCCCAUCCGCCUGCCCGAGCACGUGACCAUCCAGCUGCUCGUCGUGCAGAAACGAGGAGGAAGCUUGCAAACGCGUCAAGUGCAGGAAAAAAUCACCACCACUACUGAGUCAAUGACGGGAAGAUUUGAGCGCGACGCAUUUGACACGCUAUUUGACCACGCUCCCGACAAACUGAACGUCGUCAAAAAGUCUCUGAUCACCUUCGUGAACAAACAUCUCAACAAACUGAACCUGGAAGUGACCGAGCUGGAAACGCAGUUUGCGGACGGGGUGUACCUGGUGUUGCUCAUGGGCCUACUGGAGGGAUACUUCGUGCCGCUGUACGGAUUUUACUUAACGCCCGAUAGUUUCGAUCAGAAGGUCCACAACGUCACCUUUGCCUUCGAGCUGAUGCAGGACGGCGGGCUGGGCAAACCCAAGGCGCGUCCUGAAGAUGUGGUGAACCUCGACCUGAAGUCGACCCUACGAGUAUUGUACAACCUCUUUACAAAGUACAAGCAUCUGGAUUGAUGGCUGCUGCGGUCUUUCGAGUUUACGCAUCCACACCACCGCCUGCAUUUAGAUCUUCCCUGCCAACGCAAACGUCCAAGACUCGUGCGCAAAUCUUCAGAAGGUUACAUUUAGAAACAAUGUAUUUGUUACAGCAGAUUCUAGUUUUUGGUUACAAAAUGCAUUGUUAAUCUGCGCAUCCGAUAUUAAACUGUGUUUUUUACAUUAUUACACCUCAUCACAAUAACCACAGGUUUUUAAAGACACUGCAAUAAACAGGCAUAUUACAGUAGUCCCUCGGUUAACGUUUUUAAUCCGUUCCACAAAAACUAUUCUUAACUGAAAUAACUGUUAAUUUAAUAUAGGAAACACAUGUUAAAAGCAUUAAUUCGUUCCAAGAUGAUCAAAAGAUUACCUUUUUGAUCCUAAAAACUAAGUUUAUAAGGCUAAUUACUUUCCUACUCUUUUCCUUUUGCGAAUUCACUUUAGGGGGCAUUGCGUUUACUAUUAAUUCACCUGUGAGUUGAAACUGAAGUAAAAAUCACUGAGUCUGCAAGAGAGCUGUUUCCACUGCCAAGACAACGUAACGUAAACAAAGCUAAUGGAGGUCGAAACGCUCAUAAAUGGGCAUCGCUGAUUGGCAGAGGGCAUGGCUCAGCCCCAUUUACGAGCGCUCGGAUUGGCCGAAAUCGGCACCCGCGUGCAUAACGUAAACGUGCCAUUAAUCAAGAUUUUUACGUUCGUCAAAACCAUGGGGUCCUACGGGAGGCAAAACGUGAACCGAAAAGCCGUUCACCAAUGUCACUGUUAUCCGAGGGGCUACUGUAAUUGCAAAACACAAUGCAUGCCAUUAAUCAAUAACUCCUCUUAUCCAAACACUGCUGUUGAAGAAUAGAGCACAUUUGAUAGAAGGCUAUACUGGAAAAGUGUAAAGAUUGCAUGUAUACACUGUAGUGUGCAGACAUUACCUCUCCACUCCACACUUGGUAUAGCUUGAUGACACACGUGAAUGCUGUUCAUCAUUGGGCAUGAGGUUACCAGCGCAGAUGGAAGAUUUGGCAAGUCUGUUCGUGCAGCCAAGAACAUCGCUUAAGCAGGGAGAAUGCCAAUUGAAAGAAAGCACGGAUGCACGUCCAAUGCUUCAACCGGUUACAUUUCAAGAGAUUUUUCUUCCUCGUAUGGCCGAUGUUGAUGUCGAGGAACCACUUUUACAUUGAGGUGGUUGAGCCAGAUAAUUGUCAGGGGUAGCGGAGUGCAUCACUGUGAUUAUGCCUCUUAAGUUCCCUUCUGUUAUCGCCACACCACGGUUUUAAUAUAAUUUUCGAGGUUUGGAUGAGUUUAUUGCAUUUCAAGGCAACUUGUGUUUAGGGCAGAGCAUCUUACCCAUAAAAUGAUAACCCACAUUUUACCAGUGCACUUACCACUUAUGUUGCCUUACACAUUAAGAGUAAAUGAAGCAAUACCGACUAUCCCCUAAAUUGCCUGAAACAAUUAUAAAAAAAAUUAAAAUUGAACGGUCUGCUAAAACCAUUCCAUAAUUUGUAAAAAAAAAUUUAAAAAAUCAGUAUUACACUUCACUGUGGUAUCAGUUGGCGAGUUCCAUACUAAUUAAGAUUUGCCUUCACAAGAGUUUUAAUCAGUUUCACUGUGAGAUUGCACACGUUCCAUCGGUAAUUCACGUAGACAUCUACUUCUAUGCAGUUUCUAUUUGAUGUUAAUAAAAAAUAGGACAUUGCCUAAGGUUCCAAAUGGUGGACCAGAUUGACACGAGAAAAAAACGAUACGCUUUAUGUACAUUACUUGUUAUAGGGUUGUGUGUUUUGAAUGGCAGUGGCAAAUUCCAAGUUUGGAGACCUGGAAGCUCAGGGUUUUUUUGUCCAUCCCUUGAGAACUAGCUUGGUGAUGACUACCCAGCGUUUCAUCAGAAUCUACGUUGUCUCCGCGUCUCAUCAUUUUGCAAUUUUUAAACUCAACAAAAAAAAGCCAGAGGUGGAUUUUGCCAGUUCCAUCUCACGAAAGGAUGAGGGCACUAUUUAACGCGACUCUUCAUGAGCAGAUUCAGGCAGCAGGGCCCAGUGCCACAUUUUCAUGCAUUUUAAAUAUAUAUCUAAAGAACAUGUAUCAUGACAAUCAUUGACGGACACGAGUACGCGGUGUGCGUGAUUUGCAUCAAGCGUCCGAUUCAAGUGUUUGCUGAAGGGAAGUUUUUACGAAGGUUUGGCAGGAUAAAAACAUUGUCACCAACCAUUGCAAAACUGCCACGAUGCCAAUUCAUUAAAUAGACCGUGUAUACGCCAACAAAUGUACUUUAUAUGUUUAGCUUUUAAAUCUAAACUGUUAUUUAUCACGCUUUAACAUUGUAUGCUUGCGCUAUAUGUUAUUCUUACAUGUAUAUUUUAAUACACCCAAUAUAUUAAGUAUAUAAUUUCUUGCCAUUCUAUAAUAGAAUUUUUAAAAAAAUGUUGACAGUUGCCACAUGUUACAGUCACACCUCUAGGAAUUCAGAUCUCUCGUUUUCGCUGGAUUAAAGUUCUGUGUUUUUAUGUUUAAAUAUAAAACGCUCUCUUUAUCCAAGAUGACAAUGAGGGCGGUUGAAUUAAGGGACGAUAAUAGAAAUGUGACCAGUUUUUUUCUCUUUACAUUUUAAUGAAUUAUACGUCUCGCACAAUAUAUUUUAAACACUACGAAAUAAAAACUGAAUGUCUCGGU